AUGAGCACGCCCGUCCCGAAACAGUCCCUUAUCCAUGCUUACCGACACCUCUAUCGCACCUCCCUUCGUGCAGUCAGAUAUGCACACCCUGCACGCUACGAGAUCCGCGACAUUCUACGCGAUUCAUUCCGCACCUCAUCGCCUGCGAAUUUCAAUCUCCGACGCGUACAGAAUACCCUGAAGUUCUUGGAGAAUGCAAGAAAGUACAAUGGAUUCGAGCACAGGAUCUUGAAGAAUCUGCUGCAUUUGCAGUUUUGGAAGAUCAAAGGUCUGGACAAAAAGCUGGUCAAGAAUUCGAACACUUCCCAGGCCGUUGAGUCUAGACGGCAGAUAUGGCAUCAGUAUCGGGCGACAUUGACCAUGUUGAAUGAGAGUCUGGACAUCUGUCUUACGAUAUGA